AUGAGAAAGAUAUUUUGGAUAAAAAGAAAAUGUUUUUUUUUAGCAGAAAUUCAAACAAAAAAAAAUAAAUUUCAACAGUUUGCAAUUACUGUUGCUGGAGGAAAUGGAAAAGGACAAGAAUUAAAUCAACUCUCUGGUCCUCACGGGAUGUUUAUUGAUAAUGAUAAAUCAAUUUAUAUUGCUGAUUCUUCGAAUAAUCGUAUUGUUAAAUGGAAAUUGAAAUCAAGUACUGGUCAAAUCAUUGUAGAUGAGAGUGGAAGUCAAAAUAAUCAAUUCUAUUCUCCAGUAGAUAUAAUUUUUGAUAAAAAAAAUAGUUCUUUUAUUAUUUCGAAAUGGGGAAAUAGACAAGUAAUUCGAUAUUUUAAUCAAAAUCAAACAAAUCAACAAACUAUUAUUUCAAAUAUUUAUUGUUUUGGUCUAACAAUCGACAAAAAUGGAUUUAUUUAUGUUUCUGAUUGGGAGAAUCAUGAAGUACGACGAUGGAAAAAAGGAGAUGAAAAAGGUGAAUUAGUUGCAGGUGGUAAUGGUAAAGGAAACCAACUUAAUCAACUCAAUAAUCCUCUUUUUAUCUUUAUUGAAUCAGAAUAUUCUCUUUAUAUAUCAGAUUAUGAGAAUCAUCGUGUAAUGAAAUGGAAAAAAGAUGCAAAAGAAGGAAUUAUUGUUGCUGGUGGAAAUGAUCAAGGAAAUAGUCUCAAACAAUUGUCUCAUCCUCGAGGAGUGGUUGUUGAUCAUUUGGGUCAAAUCUACGUGGCAGAUUGUUGGAAUAAUCGAGUAAUGCGUUGGUGUGAAGGAGAUGAAGAAGGUGAAAUUGUUGUUGGUGGAAAUAAUUGUGGAAGUCAAUCAAAUGAAUUGUAUUAUCCCACAGGUUUAUCAUUUGAUAAUGAAGAAAACCUUUAUGUUGCUGAUUCUAAUAAUCAUCGAGUCCAAAAAUAUGAAAAAAUUUGA